UUUUUCAACACUCGGAGGGGUGACAUUGUGAGAGAAUCCAUCAAAAAUCUACAUAUAUAGCUUUAUUAAGCUACUGUUCUUCUGUUUUUGACGCUCCAGAAGAAUGGAUGGUUAUUCCUUGUGGAGUUUUUAAGAAUUCCGAUACGAAGUCGACACAGAUCAGACGCUCGCAGAUAAAAAGACAAGGCUGAAGUUUACUUUGAUACCUUAGUAGUGUUACAAAGAUCAUAGUCAGAACAGGCUCGGGUCAUACACGGAAAGGCUUUACUUACAAAGAACACACAGUAAGCAAUGGAACGUGUUGGCAAUACUUCACAAAUUACAAAACUAAAGGCUUUAUAAAUUAACUGCUGAACGGAAUGAAAUGACAGCUUAGAAUUCCGGUGAGGAAGAACGCUGGAACGAAUGUUCAGUGGGAGGAGAGUCAUGUGAUCUCCCACUGACUCAUGGGAGUUGGAGUCUAGACAGUCCAUGGACUCGAGAUUCUACAGGGGAAAGGGAACAAGCAGAGGAGGCGUCCUCGGCAGGAGGCGUUUCAAUACAGCGACUUCCAUUUACUUUUAAGUUAGUAAUGUUGGUAGAAAUAUAUUGUUUUAUGAAAAAAAAACAAUUGGAGUAAACUUUUAUAAUGAUGGAAAAAGUAUAAUUUAUGGAUUAUAUAGUACAUUUGGUGUGCAAGUUACCCAAGAGGCUAGGCUAUGUGAAUUUGUAGCCAGUGAUGUGUACUUGUGGGAAAAAGCUAUUUUCCUGUGGUUUUGAAUGUAAUACUGGUUUUCUGUAUGGUUCAGUUUUGAUGGUGAGUCAGUGCCACUGGAUCCUGGGACACUUGUACACAUAUACUGAGCAGCCAGAACUUUGGAACCUUUGACAGUGAACUUUUCAUUCUAACUGGAUACAGCUAAGCACAUACAUUCACUAUCUGGGUAGUUGCGAGCCAAUAUUUUGUUUUCGGAACUCUUUUUAUCAAGAGCUCUCAUUAUUAUUUUCCUUUUUUUUUUUAUUUCUUUUGAAUAGCCAUUUUCCUCAAAGAACCUAAAGGUAUAUGUGCACUCUGUAAUAAAUCCGAUUCUUUUUCCUUACAAGCAUAUUGCCUAUUCUUCUUACUGUCCCCUCUCUUCUAAACCUAGGUAAUGAUAGUGCGUUGCUUACUGUAGUUAAUCUGACUCAGAGUAGCUAUAGAACCAUGCCCAGGUUCAUGUUUAGCUUCAGAUAGAAUGUUUGUACAUUCUUACCGGAAUGUACUUGGUACUUUAUAGAAGGAAAGGAAUUUCUUACUGAACAGAGAUGAUCAAGUUAAAUGUGAGGGUAUAGAUACAUUAUUUUCCAUCCAUUUCAAUGCUGUUAUAAAUGAGUGAAUUUUGACUUCGUAUGGUUUGUUUAUUAGUACAAACAUAUUGACUGAGAUAUAUGUCGUUAUAUGUUGAGAGAAAUUUGAUGGAAAGCCGGUGAGUGUUGGAAGCAGAAGUGUGCUUCUGGGUCUAGGAAAUUGUUUUUUUUUUAUUUAGAGAAUGAUAUUUCAUCACUACCCCUUUAACUCAAGGCGCAGAAGCAGUGUGGCAUUCUGAGUGGCGUGUGGUGAGAGAUAGAAGGAGGCGGGGGUUGGGUGGAGGGCGUCAGGUUGACUGAGUGCAAGGGGGCAGGAGGAGGGAUUGUUUCUGCGUCUGUCAUCUCUGUCAUUCAUCUGCGGCACGGCGCAACAGCAGGGAGCCCCUGCUGGGGGCGGGCGUGGGGGUUGGGCGCUGGAGGAAGAGAAAGAGAGAGAGCGAAAAAGGGAUAAGGACUGUUAGGACAUGAGCAGCAGCUGCUGCUGCAGCAUAACUAGACUAAUUGGGAGAAAGAGACUGGACUUACAUACUGCACGCUUCAUACACAUGGAUAACCUUGUAAAGACAUGACCUCUUUGCCAGUCUAUCGUUCGUCACAUGUUUGGUGCUUUCUGUAAGCUGGAAUCACAGAAUAGAGGGAGGAGCACGUGGAGGUAGCUAAAGAAGACAAGAUCUAGAUCUGGAGAUUCAGGCUGAAGAAGUCUUCACUGCCAAGACCCCUCUGGGCGACGGGGAGUUGAGGAGAACGAGGGGAAUGGCAGCCAAGAAGGGGAGGUCAGGGCUUCCACAAGCUACCCCUCGGGCUGACCUAUCAGCCUACCGAAGUGGUAGCUCUGAAGGUCGUGUUCCAUUGCCCACCAAGCUGCGCAAAGAAAAAUCCCUGACCAACAUUUGUGUACUUACGGACUCCGAAAAAAAGAUGCAGCUGUACCAGCACAAGUGGUCAGAUGACAUGACCAGGACUGGUGCAGGUCAGAUCAAGGCAAGUAAACCCAAAGAUGGAGCUGGUGCCAGCUCUCUACUGUCCAAAAAUCUUUCCAAGUCAGAGCAUUCUCUCUUCCAAGGAAAACCAAAAGGCUUCAGUCCACUUCUGACAACUUCUGCCCCUAGCAAGCCCAGCCGGAUUCCCCGUGGCCUUUAUGCCGAGGUUAAACCCAUCAGCAAGGCUGAAGAAGCUACAGAAAGCAGUAAGUCAAAUGAUGAUGAAGUGAUUCACUCUAACAAGGCUAAUUCUAAUAGCAGGACCACUCCAGGAGGGUGUAAUGGUGCAUCUGAAGUAGAAGAAGGAGAUAAGACCUUUUUAAAGGUGGAUCCACAGCUGGUGGUUACUGUGCUUGGUGACUUGGAACAGCUUCUCUUCAGUCAAGUGCUGGAUCCAGAUUCUCAGAGGAAGCGUACAGUUCAAAAUGUCUUUGACCUUCGGCAGAACCUUGAAGAUACUGUGUCCAGCCUGCGGGGAUCCCAGCUCAGUCACAGUUGUCAGGAGAGCACCAUGUGUUACGACAGUGAUGACACCAAUGCCCCCAGUGUUUCCAGCCUGUCCAGCCGCUCAUCACCUCUUUCUUGGCAACAGGGGCAGGCCAGCCCUCGACUGCAGGCUGGUGAUGCCCCUUCUUCUGGUGGGACAACUCACAUGCUGCAUCUGCGCUUCUCUACUGGCCACUUUCAGCGCAUCCAUUUUGUAGAGGGCUUGGAUGCUGCAGAUGGCUUGGCUAACCUGACAUGUGACUACCUCACAGAUGGUGGCCUCACAGUCAAGAAUCUGCAGGAGGAUGAAGAUGUGGAUGUUGACCACACGGGUAACUGCUGGGAUGAGAGCAGCUCUAUCAGUAGUGGUUUGAGUGAUGGCUCAGAUAACCUCAGCUCAGAAGAGUUCAACGCCAGCUCCUCCCUCAACUCUCUGCCGACCACUCCCAUUGGCUCACGCCGCAACUCUGCCAUUGUGUUGCGCACAGAUGCAGAAAAGCAUUCGCUUGUGGAGAGUGGUCUGUCCUGGUACAGUGAGGAGGCCAAGGCACAACGCAGGAGUGAGGGAUGCUAUGACACAGGCAGCUUGAAGACUGAGUCGGCCAACAAGUGGAAGAAGUUCCGGGUGCAGGAUGAUGCUGGGGUCAAAGGUGAACUGAGGAAGCCACAGGCACCUAAUCAUCAGUCCGGUCUGAAAAAGGGUCGCAAACCCCCGGUGGGCAUAACCUCUCCAAUCACCCACAACCCACAGAACUUGCAGAAAGCACUGGGAGCAACAAAAAAUGACCAAAGAGUGGUGGGCAAAGCAAAGAUGGCAGUGAAAUCAUCUGGUCUACAGCGCUCAUGUUCAGAUGCAGGGAAAGAUCAGAGUCAGAACCGCAAGCCAGUCUCCGGCCUAGUCCGACCUUCUGCUGGAACCAGCAACUCCUUUGGUUUCAAAAAGCCUGCCCCAGUUACUGGCACUGCCACGGUUCUCAACUCUACUGGCAACUCUGUCUCAGUAGCCUCCACAACCAAAACUUCUAAGUCCUCUGGCAUUCCAGUAAAACCUUCAAGUGGAAGUAGCAGUAACAGCAGCAGUUGUAAAACCAGCCUUGAUGUGUCAAAUUGCAAUCAGGGCAUUUUGGCUCCCAACUCUCGAAAUAACAUCCAGUAUCGUAGUCUCCCAAGACCUGCCAAGUCCAGCACUUUGAGUUUGACAGGAAGUAAGCCUGGGCCUCGUCCUGUUAGCAGCAAUAUAGAUAGUGGUCUGCUCAGCCUCAAACCUGUGGUUCCGCAGUCCAAGCUGAAGGAACCAGGUAGUGGGAAAAGCUCUGGACGAAUUGUUAUGAGUGGGAGUGGCCCAGUGAAUCAAACGGACAGGGAGAAGGAGAAGGCGAAAGCAAAGGCAGUGGUGUCAGACUCUGAAUGUGGAGGCAGUGGAGCAGUGAAGAAUGGGCCUUCCACACCCACACAGAGCAUAGAACCUGCCUCCAAAUUACUAGGACUCAGGCAGCCAUCCAACAUGGGGAAAUACUCUGAUCUGACUUCGCCAAAUUUUCACUGUCUUCCCAGGCCUUUGAGUGCCAAAACGCUGUCCAAACCCACCCACCUGGAUAAAGUCAACUCCAAUAGCCUGGACUGCAGUGUAUUAAAUAUGGAAGACCAUCGCCCUCCUAAAGUGCUGCCCAAACUUCAGAAUUUAUCGUCUCUAUGCAGUCCAACUGCUCCUGGUCUAAUGCCUAGCCCUGCACCCAUCCUCAACGUGAACUCUUCAGACUGUUUCUCUGGCUCACCAGGGGAGAGAGAAGGCAGAGUGGGCAGCUCUCCCCUGCUCUAUCCACGCCUCUCUGGACUACAUCGCAGUAUGGAGUCUCUGCCUUUGCAGAUAAGUGUGUGUCCAGCAGGGAACACUGUGGUAGAGCCCACGGCCAAGCAGGAUGAGAGACGUUUGGGAAGCAGCUGGUCUGCAAGCAAUAGAGCCUCUCUGACCCUCACAGUGGAAAGUUCACAAAGAGAGAGAAAUACCCUACCGAAGAAAGAAUUAAGCCAACACAGCUCGUCUCAGAGUGAAGACAAUAGUAAAGAGAGACGUCACUCACACACAAUCAUGAGCCCAAGUGCAAUAGACAGCCCUCCUCAGCUACCAUCUCCAACGCUAACCAGCAAGAUUCCACUAAACAAUAUCGUUGCACACAGUCCUGGAACAGGCACUCCUAGGAUGACUCGCUCCAACAGCAUCCCCACCCAUGAGACUGGCUUUGAGCUGUACCAGGCCUCACCACUGGGCAGCACUCUAUCACUGGCCGAACGGCCAAAGAGCAUGAUGCGCUCUGGAUCCUUCAGGGACAAAGAACCUGGUGACGAUGUUCAUGGCUCAGUGCUCUCGCUGGCAUCCAGUGCUUCUUCCAGCUAUUCCUCAGCUGAAGAAAGGAUGCAGGGGGAACAAAUUCGUAAGCUAAGAAGAGAGCUGGAGUCCUCCCAGGAGAAAGUGGCCAGCCUGACUUCUCAGCUGUCUGCUAAUGCUAACUUGGUGGCAGCGUUUGAACAGAGUCUCGCCCUAAUGACCACACGCCUGCAGUCCCUCUCAGCCAGUGCUGAACAGAAGGACUCUGAGCUAAUGGAAUUGAGGAAGACCAUAGAAAAUUUGAAAGCCAGGAACAUUGAGGCACAGGCUGUUAUUCAAGUAGCACUCAAUAACCCCAGUGUUACCCCUAAAGAGCUUCGAAUUAAGAGACAGAACUCAUCAGAGAGCAUCGCUAGUCUGAACAGUAUUACCAGCCACUCAAGUCUGGGCAGUCUGAAAGAGGAUGUCAAAAAGAAAAAGAAAAAGAACUGGUUACGGAGCUCCUUUGGAAAGGCAUUUAGCAUUAAGAAGGGCACAAAGUCCGGCUCUCUGUACUCUGACAUUGAGGAAAUCGCCACUCCCGACUCCUCUGCCCCCAGUUCUCCCAAACUGAGCCAUGAAGGAGAUGAGGAUAUGCCCAUGUCCCUUCAGUCCACCCAGACAAACUCUUCUUCUGUGAUCUAUGAAGGGAAUGAGGAGCAGGAAAGUGAAGAAAAAGUGGUGUCUGAGCUUCGCUCUGAGCUCUGGGAGAAAGAGAUGAAGCUGACAGAUAUCCGUCUAGAGGCACUAAACUCAGCCCAUCAACUGGAACAGCUGAGAGAAGCAAUGAACAACAUGCAGUUAACAGUUGAAAACCUGAAGGCAGAAAAUGACCAGCUGAAAACAGGAAGUGCUCCACAGUCACUGGUGCUCCCUUGCGUUCCCCCCACCUCCUCCACCUCUCAGCCAUCAGGACUGGCUGCUAUGCUUGGAUCUGGCCACCUCACAACUGCCACAAACCUGGCUAGGUCUUGUAGUCUUAGCCUUAAUGAGUGUUCUGAGCCAAACAAUGUACCCAUGGAGGUAUUGAGUUUAUCUUCCCCAAGAGAUGAGGUUCGGCUGCGUGUGGUGGUCCGCAUGGCUGACCAACAGUUAUCUAGAGAGCAGGUGAAACAGGAUUUCUAUAUUGGUUCAGUAAAGAUAGACUCGAAUACUGAUUGGGCUACACUGGACACAGUCAUCACCACAACUUUCCAGGACUACCUUUCCCAGGUGGACCCCAGUGCUAGCAUGGGACUGUCUGUAGACUCAAUACACAGUUACAGUAUAAACCAAGUCAAGCGGGAACUUGGCGACAAAAGUCCAGAUAGUUUGCCCUCUUACUUUCUGAAUAAAGGGCCUGGACUUAUUACUGUGACCCUUAAAGGUUUUAAGGAAAAAUGUGUGGACAGUCUUGUCUUUGAGACACUCAUUCCCAAGCCAAUGAUGCAACACUACAUUAGUCUGUUGCUGAAGCACAGACGACUGAUUCUGUCAGGUCCCAGUGGCACAGGAAAAACCCACCUCACUUCUCAUCUGGCUUAUUACUUGCUAGAGAAGACUGGCCAUGAGGGAUCCCUUGGCCAUGUUGUUAGCUUCAACAUGCACCAGCAGACCUGCAAGGAGCUCCAGCUGUACUUGUCGAAUUUAGCCAAUCAGAUUGACCGUGACUGCAGUGCAGAAGACAUCCCAUUGGUCAUUGUUUUAGAUGAUGUCAGUGAUGCAGCAUCUAUUAGUGAGAUGGUCAACAGUGCACUGACGUGCAAAUAUCACAAAUGCCCAUACAUCAUUGGAACAACCAAUCAACCCGUGAAGAUGUCAUCAAAUCAUGGCCUGCACCUCAGUUUCAGGAUGGUUACCUUCUCCAACAACGUGGAGCCUGCCAAUGGCUUCCUGUUGCGUUACUUGCACAGGAAGCUGAUUGAGGCAGAGGACGAGAGCACAGUGCACCAUGGAGAGCUGCUGAAGGUGCUGGACUGGGUCCCCAAGCUCUGGUACCACCUGCACACAUUUUUGGAGAAACACAGCACGUCCGACUUCCUCAUUGGUCCAUGUUUUUUCCUGUCAUGUCCAGUGACAUUAGCAGAGUUUCGUUCCUGGUUCAUUGAUUUGUGGAACCAGUCAAUUAUUCCCUAUCUGCAAGAAGGAGCAAAGGAUGGGAUGAAGGUUCAUUGUCAGAAGGCAGUAUGGGAGGACCCAGUGGAGUGGGUACGGGACACUCUGCCUUGGCCCUCAGCCCAGCAGGACCAAGCUAAGCUCUUCCACCUCCCUCCCCCCACUGGUGGCCCAAACACUGUCCCAACACAGCCCAACAGUGACAGGCCUGGAAAGGACACACAGCUACUGGCCAUGGAGUCAGACCCACUGAUGGCUAUGCUGCUGAAACUGCAGGAAUCAGCCAACUACAUUGAGUCGCCAGAAAGGAACAUUUCAGUGGACCCCAGUUUCCAAGCCACGCUUUGAACGCCAAAAAGAUCUGGACUCAAGCGCUCACUAAUGGCUAAGUCUGUUAAAACAUUUUCUUGUGCAGUUGGUAAAGAGUGUUUCCUCCUGUAAUGGUUAUGCAGGCUCUACAAAAAAAAACUGUAAAGGAUAUGCAGACUCAACUAUAGAAAUGACCAAAUCUUUGUCUUUUGCAUCUGUACUCUAACUGAAAAAAGAAAGUCAAAAAUAUACGGGGGGAAGAAAACUAAUGUAUUUGCACCAUUGAUCUAUCCGUUCCUUUGCUUAUCUAAUCUACAAGUGCAUGGCAAUCACUGCACCUGAAACGUACAGAGAUCAUCAGACUUAGAGAUGUUGUGUGUUUUCUCCACAUCUGCUCAAGGAACCGAAGAAAUCUCUCUUUUUCUCAUGACUAUCAAUUCUCAUUAAGUAUUUAUUUUUUACAGCUAAAUGUAGAACUUUUAACAUUCAAACGGAUGAUUAUACAUGUCACAACUACCUUUGUUUAGUACAGUAUGAAGGUGCAACCACAGAAUUACAGACAAUUUACAUGGAUGCAAAAUGUAACUCAAGAGAUGGUGCUUAGAGUACAGCCUUAACAGAUAAACCAUCCAUGAUACAGUAUUCCAUAAAUUGACUUCCAGAGAGAUGUGAAGCUUAUCAGAGUUUAUCUAUUACCUCAUAGCUUGUAGAAUGAUGCACUAUAAGUCCAAACAUUUGUAGACACCUGCUCAUCCUACGUUUCUACAAAAAUCAAGGGUGUUAAUAGGGAGUAUUCCCUAUUCCUUUGCUGCAGAAACUGCCUUUAUUCUUCUAGGAAGGCUCCAGGACAUUGCUGUGAGGAUUUGAACACAUUCAGCCUCAAGAGCAUUAAUUAGGUCAGGUACUCAUGUUCAAUAAUAAGCAGUGAACCCCAGAAUAGCAGUUGCACCACUUCACAGCCCAUCCUGGACAUAGGGCAUGUUGACAGUAGACCUGUGGCAUGCAGUCUUAUCUGCCAAUAGCCGGUGUGGCCGCAGGUUUUCAUUCCAAACAAGCAGGGACUUGCCUGACUCCGCUCAUUUAAUCAAUUGCUAAGUCUUCAAACAACUGAUCAGCUGUACUCCUGCUUUGUUGGAAAAAAAAACUGCAGCCACACCAGCCCUUUGCAGAUAAGGGCACCCCUGCAAUAGACUAUACAAGACUAUACAAGCUAUGUGCGCACAAUUCAAUGCCUGUGUCAGCAGUGGGCACACCGUAAAGCAGCUGAAUUCCCCAGUUAGAAAGGAUGCCUGCAAAAUUUUGAACAUAUAGUCUGUAAUGUCAUGGUACAUUGCAUUCUUAUAAGACUUGGAGAGAUGACAAAACAACAGUUGGUGCAUAAAGAUGUUUUCAAAUGAGAAAAUGCACUUUGUUUUAUAGAUUAAAUGAAGUAUAUAGCCUUUUGUUGGUGAUUGUAAUUUAAGAAUGGAUAAUGAGCAGAGAUGACUAAGGUAGUCUAGAAGGAUUAAGGAACAAUUUUGCCUUCAAUGGUAAAUGAUUGCACCUUAUUUGUUCCACAAUCUAAGGUGCUUUAUAUAUAUUAAAAUGGCAAGAAUGGAAAGCCAAGCCUUACAUGUGAUAUUCCAUUUUGAGUAUCAAUAUCAAUAUAUGGUAACACUUCAGUUUAAGGUCCCUGCGUAAGGACUUUAUAAAAUGUUUACACUGCAUGCUUCCACAGACACAUUUAAACCUCUGUUCAAAAGUUUGGAAUCACUGUUUUCAAUAAUAAAUCUAUAAAAUGUAUGAAAUUGUUAUAUCCUAUUCUGUGAAUUUUUACAGGUUUCAAAAUAAUAAAAUCCACAAGCAAA